GUACACAGCAUGUGGCCGUGUUGAUGCCAGUAGAACGCGAACUGUCGAGCCGAUCGGAUCGCGAUCGGCCCCGUGAUCCGCGGCGUCAUUCAUCACUUAGUCGGCCGACGAAAUUGACACGGAUCACCGAUCAUGAGGAAAGUGAUUCUCCUCUCGGCGACGUUGCUGCUCGGCCUGGCGGCCGCGAGUUUCGCGAUGCCGCGGAUGAGCUACGCGACCCUCCGCGAACAGAUACUGAACUACGAGCAACGGUUCAUGCUAGGCGCCAAUCUUCCCCUGAACGACAUUGAGCGUCGGGCUAACGAGUUUCUAAUGAAUGCGAAGAGGAGGGAACUGGAGGCUGGCUUCAAGAACCUCACGAAGUUCGCCCCAAGCCGGAACUUCAUGUUAGCGAAGAGGGACAUCGACGAGUCCGCGGUGUACAAACUCAUCCGCGACAUGCCGAAAGGCGCGGUGCUGCACGCUCACGACACAGCUUUGGUCUCCGUCGAUUACAUGUACCGGAACAUCACGUUCCGCGAGAAUCUGUACGUCUGCGACACGAACGAGACCUUCGAGCUGCGGUUCUUCGAGGAACCGAGCAAAGACUGCGAAUGGGAAUUGCUGAAGUCGGUGCGCAAGCAUCCUUUCCUCGCGCCGAGGGUGGAGAAAAAAAUUAAAGAGGGACUGACCAUGGACUGCGGCAAUGCCGUUUCAACUUAUAGCAACCUGGAGCAGGCCUGGUCGAAGUUCAAUGAUAUUUUCAACUUCAUCCACCCGAUGGUCACUUUCAAGCCUGUCUACGAGGACCAUUUCUUGACGGCUCUCCAGGAACUUUACGAGGACAAUGUAAUGUAUUUGGAGGUGCGAUCCACCUUGCCUACGUUGUACGACUUCAAUGGCACGGAAUACAAACCGAAGGACGUUGCUGGCAUUUACAAGACGCUCGCUGACAGAUUUAAGAAGGACCACCCAGAUUUCGUCGGGGUGAAACUGAUCUACGCGCCUCACAGGUCCGUCGACCGCAAGCAGGCGAAAGAGUACAUAAAGACGCUGAAGGAGCUGCAGGAGCUGUAUCCGAACUUCAUAGCAGGUUUCGAUUUAGUUGGACAAGAGGAUAAGGGGAACACGUUGCAGUACUUCGCGGAGAUAUUAACGAACGCCGCGCCGGACACGGAUUUCUUCUUCCACGCGGGCGAAACGAACUGGUACGGUUCGUCGAUAGACGAGAACCUGGUCGACGCCAUUUUGUUGAAUACGCGGCGCAUUGGUCACGGGUACGCACUAGUUUAUCAUCCCUUCCUCCUCGAAAUGACGAAGCGAAUGAACAUCGCUAUAGAAGUGAACCCAAUCUCGAAUCAAGUCUUGAAGCUCGUCGACGACAUGAGGAACCAUGCAGCUAGACGACUGUUCUCCGAAGGCUACCCGGUAGUCGUAUCGAACGAUGACCCAGGCUUUUGGAACGCGAGAGCUUUGAGCUACGACUUCUACGAAGCUUUCAUGGGCCUCAUGUCCGAGCGCUCGGAUCUGAGGGGACUCAAACAGCUGGCCAUGAACUCUUUGAUUUACAGCAGCAUGAAGGAUGAGGAGAGGAAAGCUGCCCUGUCUCUUUGGGAAAAGAAAUGGAUGAAUUACGUAAACGACGUGGCGCAGAAGAGUCAUUAGGACCCUUAAUCGCCGAGGUUUUAUUGUUUCUGACGGAAUAUGGACGCUUGACAGUUUCGUGUCUUCGGUAACGACUGUGUAAUGCAUUAAUUGCUGUCUCACGUGUACAUACAAUGCAUGCCACGUAUUGCAUCAUUAAUCUGAUCGCUCAUUUAAAUCAAUGCGAGAUGACCGGUGAUAAAACCGAUUCUUAGCGUAAUCUCUUUUGUAGUGCAGCCUGCCCAGCUAUGUGCCAUUCUUACAAAUGUAUAAGUAUGAAAACGUGGGACUAGUUUUUAAUUUAAGUGC